CUGUGGUUACAGCACAGACAGCUUUCUUCCCAUGACAUCCUUCAAACAUACUGCUGAGUGGCUUUAAGUUAACAAGAAAGUUAUUGUAGUUUAGAGUAAAGCUACAGAUGUAGAAAAACAAAAAAAUUAAGUGCCUUAAAAAGAAUUAGGUACCUGGGAUAUUUCUUGGAUUGGAUUAGCUCACGUUUUACCUGAGGUGGCUGUCAUCCUGAUCCCCAAGGCUGGAGAGCUGACAACAGUAUGGCUGCAGUCUUAAAGGCAUUGGUUCUUGCUCUGCUCAUUCAGGGCUGUUUUUGCAGUGUUGGACAGACUGACACAGGCUGCAUGAAAUGGACACCUGAAGGGGAUAACGUUUGCUGUGAAGCCUGUUUUGCUGGACACCGCCUGGUCAAAGAAUGUGGCCCGAACCCGAAAGAUCUCUGUACUCCUUGUGAGGCUGGGACGUUUACGGUGAACCCAAAAAAGUACAGCUGUACCAGGUGUACACAGUGUGUAGGUGCUCAGAUCUUAGUGAAAGAGUGCACUGCCACAGCUGACACAAAGUGUGGCUGUAUAGAAGGACUCACCUGUGGUGAUGACCGCUGUUCAUUCUGCAUCAAAAAGUGUGAUAAAGGUUAUGAACCAGUGAAACGUUCAUGCAGACCAUGUCCAGAGGGAACCUUCAACAACCAAACUCACCAGAGGUGUAAACCCUGGAGCACCAAGUGUCCCAAUCCAGAUCAAAAGAUUGUGGCCAAGGGAAAUGCACUUACGGACAUUAAGUGUGUUGAUGUUUCACAUGUCCAAGUGAGCGGUUCAACACAACCUGAUCCCACAGAGCAGGUAUGGCCAUUGGUCUUAUCUGUGAUCACAAGUGCAGUCCUGAUGGCUUUUAGCAUAAUCAUCAUCAGCCUUGUGGCCAAGAAAAUCUUCCAGAAAAGAAACGAAAAAGGCAAAAAGCCAACCACAAAGACCCCAAUAAACAGAACCCCUACAGAUGAUCCAAGGACACUAAUAGCCAUUGAGUGCAGUUUCCACGAGGCCCAGCAAGAGCAGGGCAGCAGCUCAGAGUCGCUGGACUCCAAGGACUCCUCGGACCAGCUCCUUGUUUGAAGAGAAGGGAAACAGGACUUGACUGCCCCGCUGAAUAACUCAUUCUGUUUGUGUUGAGUUUGAGGGAAAGGAAACAGGAUGUACUGAAUAAGAUAGAGUCCCUCUUUGUGAUACUGAAUGUGUCGUGCCAAUUUGUUUGUCUCCAAAUGAAAGAAACAGAGCACUGUAUUCACCAAACUGUAUUUUAUACACCGCAUUUUCCUUUUAUCAGAAUAACAAAAGAUGCUAAGAAAAUUGUUGUAGGUAAGUAGGUUAGAGGUAUUGCUUUACAAUUACACCAGGAGGUAAUUAUAGCGAGGAUACAGUAAAUGUACACAGGGGAGGAAGGGGAAUUCUGAGAGGGAAAAAACAAAGUGGAUUACAACAGCCCAUUCAUCAUGUUAAUUAUAUCAGACAGUGAGGCUGUUUUUCCCUUUCAGUUAAGCCUAAAAGAAGAUAGAUGUGAAAGGUUUUGAAUUAUUGGACUGAGUUUGACAUCAGAUGGGAAAAAGCAUACCUUAAAUACCUAAGCCUUUAAACUUAUUUUAAACUACUUUCAAACAAAUGGACUUGAGCCAAUGGCCUGUGUAUAAUAAUAUUGUGGUGUUUGAGUUUCACUCCUUUCAUAUUUGCAUGUCUAAGCGGGAAAGCUGCUGAGUGUUGCUUUGUGUGAAUGUACAGUGCAGGUGGGUGUUCAGCUGGGUGUAAAAGUCUGACAGCAGAGAAAUUUGAGUCACGCCUGAGGCUGAGCCCACAAACCCCUCCUAAAUAUCUACUUUUUACUGCUGAAUUUCUACAUUUCCAACUCUGGUUAUGUUGCAAUCAUGAUUUUACACUGUGAAACAUUUAUGAUUUAUCAGGGGGCAGUUGUCUAUUUUGGAUUAUAUAAAUGUUUCUAUAGAACACAGAAGAUAACUUUGUUUACAAUAGUAGAUAGUAUCACUUUGAAGUCAGCGUGGUGUAUAUGGCCUCUUCGAGCCUACUUAACAGUACCAGGAACUAUAUGGACUUUCCAGUAAUUUUUUCAUUGGUAUCAAAAAAGUCCAGCAAAGGGAGUUCCCUUUUUGUGAAUAGGUAAUCGUAUAUUUGAAAUUAAAACACCAAGGAAUCUACAGUACAGUAUUUUAACGUGGAAGAUGUGGUUGAGGUUGUAUUUUUGAUCAAGCUGAGACAAGCCUGUUGAGCAAGAGUUUGACAACACAGUGGGUAUCCCAAGUACAAUAUUUCUGAUUAAGUAUCAGAUAGUGUGAUUAGUCACGUGUUGCUCAUAGAUCAUUGAAAUUUCUAUUAAGUGUGUCAUGUGGGAAAUCCUCUGAACAAAUAGGAUACAAACUUGGCAAACAUAUAAGGCAGACACAAUAUCAAAAACGAGGCCCAAAGGUUAUGUGGAAACCCCCCAGUCUGUCUUCUACUCUUUUUUUACUGAUCUUCUAUCACAACAGAGUAGGCAGCUGGAUCAGAAACUCAUGGUCUUUUCUGAAAUGUAACGGGCGUAUAUCUUUCUACUGAAAUGGAACAUUUGUUAGCCCACACCUCUACUAAUGUAUCAGGGACUAUGAGUCACAUCGGCACAUUGUGAUGUCAGUUGAAAGACAAAGUUCACGAGUGCUGCCUCGAGAAGAGUUACCACAGUAUGACAGGCUGUCAUACAGUAAGAGGUAGUAAGGACUGUAGCACUUUACUUGUCAACUAUUAUGAUCCAUGUUACGCACUUGUCUGGUUUGUGAAUAUAUCAUUCUGCCUAAUGUAUAUUUUACAAGACGUUUUUAUAUUUUUCUUUGGAACUGUUUAUGAUUGACAGUGUGCAUUCUGUUACAUUGUUCUUUUUUAAAAGUCAAUACAGUUUUUAUUUUUCUAGAAAUUUUAUUUGUUGUACUUUCAUAAAGAACAAUUCCAUUUAUAGUGGUCCACCUGCAGUGGCAUGUUUCAUCUGUAAAAAAACAAAUGCAACAACAAAAAGCGGUUUUAAACGUAGGAGUAAUAUAAUCAUAUUAAAAAAAGACAAG